AUCCUAACCGGAUUGGACCCCACUUGUCUGGCCCCAUCCGACAGUGGCACAGAUUUCCUUUGCGCGAGCAUAAAUAGGCGAUUUCCCAGGGUGUGCGAUACAAGUAUGCGGCAACUCUGACAGUCUGCUCCAGUGCUCCUCCAGGGUCUAAUACGAAAAAGCCGACUUGUUAUCAAUCGAACCAAGCAACUAUCGCUUCCGUCGCCGGCGAGCCUCCUUCUCCGCAACCACCGACGCCGCCGCGAAAGGGGAAGCGAUGGGGUUCUUGGACGGCUUCCGUCCCGACACGCUGCUAAAGCGCGUCUGCAAGUCGCUGCUCAAGAAGCGGCUGGGGGAUCUGAUCCUCGGCGACCUGGACCUCGAUCAGUUCGACAUCCAGCUUGGCCACGGCACGCUGCAGCUCAACGACCUCGCUCUCAACGCUGAGUUCAUCAACCGUAAGUUAUCAGGAUCCCCUAUUACGCUGAAAGAAGGAUCAAUAAAAUCCUUGCUAGUAAGAUUCGCUGCUAGCUGCGAGAUUGUUGUUGAAGAAUUGGAGCUUGUGCUUUCUCCAUCUGUUGCAAGUGAAGUUGAUGAUGUGCAUACUGAAUGCUCUGUCUCUGGUAGUACUAGUGACACACACACUUUAGUCAAGAUCCAAAGAAAUGAAUCCGAUAGUAAUCAGUGUUCCACUUCUGUAUCUCGAGAUGUGGAUGAUGGUGUAAAGAGAAUUGCCAAUGCCGUCAAACGGUUUCUGACAAGCUUUAAUAUCAAGUUAAAGAAUGCCUAUGUCAUAUUUGAUCCUCAAACCAGUUUGAGUAGUAGAUUUCCAGAAACUAGUCGAUCUCUAGUUUUCCGAAUUAAAGAGUUGGAAUUUGGAACCCAACUUGGUCUAUUUAAACUGGACAACUUUUUAACUUUCCGUGAGGCAGUCAUUGAGUUUUUGAAGAUGGAUGAUGUCGACACACUGCUUCAAAAUGAUCUAAAUAGAGGAACAGCUGACAUUUCAGCACAUCAUAGUACUACCGCAGUCUUAACCGGUCCCAUUGGUGGAUUCUCAGGGAAACUCAAUUUAAGCAUCCCAUGGAAUAAGGGUUGCUUGAGCUUUGAGAAAAUUGAUGCAGAUGUAUCAGUUGAUUCAUUAGAAUUACGUUUACAAUUCAGCAGCAUCCGGUGGAUCAUGAAUGUAUGGGAUUCUCUCCAAAGAAAGCCAGUAGACGAACAGAGUUGUGUUCAUAAUAUUGCAGAUAUCUCUAUUAGUGCUUCGAGCUCUGCCUACUGUCCACCUGCUUCAAGCUCUUUGAAGCCAUGUUCAGAUUCUGUGAUAGCCAGUGACUACAUGGCACAGAGCACAUUUUCUCAAAACAGGCAGGAUAAAGUUCAGGAUUCUUUCCUUACAAGCGCACACGUGAUAACAGACUGGAUGGAGCCUGUUGCUCGUAAGGAUCUGUGUGACCCUGAUUCAGAUUGUGAUGAAAGCAUUGAUCAGUUCUUUGAAUGUUUUGAGGAAUUGAGGAACUCCCAGUCAAGUUUAGGAAACAGUGGUAUAUGGGACUGGACGUGUUCAGUAUUCAAUGCCAUAAGUUUUGCAUCCACUUUAGCUUCUGGAUCUGAUCAAGUUCCUAAAGAACCAGUUGUCGAGAGGACCUUACGAGCCUCCAUCACCGAGAUAUCUGUUCUUCUUUUGUUCAGUGAUGACACAGAUAUAAAAAAUUCCAGUGUUCCUAUCAGUGCAUUGGAUGAUAUGAGACAUUCUGAAAUGUUUUCGAGCUGCCUUUCCUCUGAGCAUUUUGAGAAAUCAAUUAUAUCUCCUGCUACAGCUUCCAGCUUAAAUAUGCAUCAUCUCAAAGCCAAGUGUGAGAACAUUCAUCUUGAUCUACAGACUUAUCCAAAAAAUGUAAGGCUCAAGGCAUCAAUUGCCCAAAUUAAACUUGAUGAAUACUACCACGCCGGAAACAAUAUUUCAGAUGAUUCAAACCUUGGUAAUCACUUCUUGAACAAUAACUUGCGGCAAGGAGUUCAAGCUUCCCUCCCUCAGUGCCUGUUUGCUGUUGGAGAUCAUUCGGUGGAAACCUAUGAAUUUUGUGGCAAUAGUUCAACUGAAUUGACUAGAGUUGAAUUGCUAAAAACUUUUGGCGAGUGCACAUUCUGUUAUGAUGUCAGUACCAAAGAUCAAGAUGGCAAUUUAGUGAGCUCAACUUCCAUGUCGAUCUAUUUGGCUCCUUUGCUUUUAUGGGUGCACUUUCAUACAAUAUACAUGCUACUGAGUUUUGUAAGUAAUGUUGAGUCUGAUUUGUCACAUGGAGAGCAUAAAAUUCAAAAGCAUGGUGACGAAAAGGGAAGCAGAUUGACUACCAGCACAACCAUGUCCUCAAGUGGAAGUCUAAAAGUUCAGAUAUCCCUAGCACAGGCAAGAAUUGUCCUGUGCUUUCCAUCUGAGUUUUCAUGGGAUUUGAGCCACCCAUCUGUCCUGGAUAAGUUCCUGGUGAUCGACCAUACUUCAUGUCUGAACAUGGUAGAAACUGCAUCACACCCUCAAAACGAAAUGCAAAAUGAGGUUCAUCUUAGCAAGUCGUGUACCUCAAUACAUUUGGCUGUAGGGGACAUAGAUGUAUAUUUGGUUAAGCCAGUCAAUAAUGUAUUGGUUGGUAGAAUCUGUUCUUCAAGUAGGCAAACUUUCUCUGCAAUGAAAAUUCUUUCUGUUACUGGAUCCAGUUAUAAUGACUCUGGCAUCACACUGAUCAGGAGAAAGUAUCCUGUAACUGGCCCUGAGAUUUUGAACAAUGCUUGGAGUUUGCCAAAGAUGCAUGAUGAAAAGAUCACUAAAAAUCAAAACAGCAAAUGGGCUGGCAUUUCCCCUUCUUCAAAUGAUCUUUUAGAGACAGGAUCUAGUAUGCGCCAGGAGCUCCUUAAGAGCACUGAGCUCUUAUUUCAUGUUCAACUUUCUUGUGUUUCAUUACGACUUAGUAAAAAGGAUUGUGAGUUACUAAAUAAGCUGCUAGAUCAUGUCAUUAAGGGGAUAUCAAAUGAACAAACAAGCAUUUCUGGAAAUUCCAAGGACCAAUCUGUUCUGAUCAAUGAUACCUUCAUUCAAACGUCUGUCCUUUUUGAAUGCAGUAUAUUGGAAAUUUGCACUGAAUUGAAUGAAACAGUGGAAGUUGGUCCUUUAUUACAGGCAGAACUAAAAGGAUCCUGGAACUCUGUUAAGUUGAAUGUUUCAAAAUUUUGUCUUUUCUCCUGUUCAAAUGUUGGAGGCCUCAACAAUGCCAGUUUUCUUUGGGUGAAUCAUGGUGAAGGUGAGCUUUGGGGUUCUGUUAGUGCUAAGAAUGAUAAAAUCCCUGGAGAAAGUAAAGAUUUUCUUAUAGUGGCUUGCAAGGACUCUGCCUGCAGGCGGGGUGAUGGUGAAGGUACUAAUGUGCUGUCUAUUGGUGCUGCUGGCUGUUCUGUGACCCACAUCAGGAACCCAAAGCUAAAAGAGAAUUACACUUCUGUUGAUGUUCGUUCUGGCACAAUUGUAGCACCUGGUGGCCGUAUGGAUUGGAUCAAUGCGAUAUGCCUGCUGUUCAGUUCAGGCUCAGAUAGAACUGAAAAGUCAGAUGAUAGUAACACACCAAAUAGCUAUCAGUCUGGUGAACCUUAUUCAUCAUCUUUAUUUAUCGAGUUGGCUGAUGUUGCUGUUAGCUAUGAACCUCAUUUUAAACAUUCCACUCUCAGUGCUGGAGCAGCCGACCGCAAGUUUUUCUCAUGCCUUUUAGCUGCAUCAUCAUUUAAACUCCAUAAUAAAUCUGCAUCAGCCUCUGCAGCUACUGAUUUUGAUAUCCAAUUACGUGAUCUUGGAGUCCUCAUUUCUCAAUCAUCUGGUUCAACAAAUGGUACUUGCAGUUAUGGUGUAGAUUACCUUCGUCAAGCAGGUUAUACUAAGGUUGUCCAGAACACAUUCAUUGAAGCUUCUCUAAGAUUAGAUUCUUCCUUUUGGAAGCUUGAAAUAUCUGAUUCCCAAUUUGACAUUGGUACAUGUCAUGACACAACUUAUGGUCUUAUUGGUUUGGGAUCUCAACUCCAGCAGCUAUAUGGUCCAGAUAUGCAGGAUGCUUUAGAUCAUCUGCAGUCUAGGUGGAAUAGUGUUCAGCAAGCAAACAAGCAAAAUAUGGCUGCUGAUGCAUCAGACAAGUCUGAGAGCAGUUUGGAGAUUUUGGUCGAUUCUGGGGAUUACCAGUCAGAUGGACUUCUUGAUGAUAUUAUUGAGAAUGCUUUUAACACAGAGGAUUGCAUGGACACCAAUUUUUGGGAGAACAAUUACCAUCACUUAUUUAGUAGCAGUGAGACGGAUGAUGGAUUUGAGCUGAAUGCGGCCACUUCACAUGUAUUUCCUAUAUCUACUCCAGAAGGCAAUGUUACUCAAAUAUCACUAGAACAGAACGUCUGUCCUGAUCAAAUCAUUGAUUCAUAUUGUGUGCCUGAAUUUCAUCAAUCAUUAUCAACUCUAUGUGAUGAAGAGCAUAAAUGUACAUCUGGUGACAAUUCUCAUAGAACCCUGGAAAGUGAAGAUGCUGGAUGGUAUAACAAUGUUCCCUUAACAAUAGUUGAGAAUCAUGUUUUGAAAAAGAAAAACGAGCAAGUACUUCAACACAAAGUGUCUUCUGUUUGCAGUUUGAAUCCUGAUGAAUAUUGUAAUCUGAAAGGAAAGGUUCAUAUUCAUGAUAUAGAUGUAAAGUGGCGGAUGUAUGCUGGAGAUGACUGGUUAUUACCUCAGAAAGAUUUGACUAGCUUAACAUGCACAGAUGGAAGAAAUAGGAGCUCUUCACUGGAAUUUACUGUGAGAGGGCUCAAUAUCCAAGUUGACAUGUAUCCAAAUGGGGAUGUUUCUAUAUCUAGGCUAUCUGUAGCUGCUGAGGACAUAACUCUUUGUGAUCAAAGUAUCCAUGCUCCAUGGAAACUGGUUCUUGGAUGUUACAACUCAAAGGAUUACCCAAGAGAGUCAUGCUCCAGUGCAUUCAGGUUAGAAUUGGAGUCUGUGAGGCCGGAGCCACAGGCUCCUUUGGAAGACUACAGGCUCCAUCUUGAGAUUUUGCCUCUACAGUUGCAUCUUGAUCAAGAGCAACUUAACUUCCUAAUAAAUUUCUUCAAGAAUGAUUCAUGUAACAAUGAUCCUCAUUUGCAUUGCGAAAAUGAUACUGUUGAUGUGAAGAGCACAAGCAAUGGAAGCAAUAUGGUUGUGGAUGAGGCAUUACUUCCUUUCUUUCAGAAAUUUGACGUAAAGCCACUUAUUCUGCACAUUAAUUAUAUACCCCGUCAGUUUGACCCGAUUGCCCUAAGCAAGGGAAAUUACGCAGAACUUCUCAACAUUCUUCCAUGGAAGGGAAUUGAUUUGAAGCUUAAGCAUGUUUCUGCAAUGGGCAUUUACGGAUGGAACAGCAUAGGUGAUACGGUAGCAGCGGAAUGGUUGGAAGACAUUUCUAAAAAUCAGGUGCACAAAUUGCUAAAAGGGCUUCCUCCAAUAAGAUCACUAGUUGCUGUUGGUUCAGGGACCAGAAAGUUGGUCUCGUUGCCCAUCAAAAGCUACAAGAAGGAUCGGAAAUUGCUCAAGGGAAUGCAAAGAGGCGCAGUUGCUUUUAUUAGAAGUGUUACCAUUGAGGCAGUAGGGCUUGGAGUCCAUUUGGCUGCAGGAGCUCAUGAUAUGCUUGUGAAGACAGAAUGCGCCCUUACAACUGUUCCACCACCUUUAGCCUCAUGUGAAGUGAAACGAACAAAGCACAACAUUAGAGCUAACCAACCUGAAAGUGCACAGCAAGGAAUGAAACAGGCAUAUGAAAGUUUAACUGACGGGUUUGGAAGAACUUCCUCUGCUAUCAUUGGCAAUCCUAUUAAAGUUUAUAACCGAGGGGCUGGUGUCGGAUCAGUUCUGGCUACUGCAAUCUGUGGAGCACCAGCUGCUGCAGUAGCUCCAAUCUCAGCAUCUGCUCGUGCUUUACAUUAUGCACUUCUUGGGCUAAGGAACAGCCUUGAUCCUGAGCAUAAGAAGGAAUCCAUGUACAAAUACCAGGGACCCUCCCAAGCAUAGACGUCAUUGGUGGUCGGUUCAUUCUUUGGCGAGCCUUACACCAUCUCCCUGAAACUGGUUUUAGGAGCUCCUUUGCCAGUCUCGUCCAAUGGUGAGGUGCAAACUUGUACAGUGUGUACAGAUCGUAAGACAGAUUAUAUUUGGCAUCAAAGCCACACACUAAAUUGACACAUAAGGGUUUAAUUAGCACUCAUAUUUUGCACCACGAAGGCACGUGGAAGUUUUGUAAUCCCUCUUCGUUGCAUGACUGCCCCCGAUGUACAUAAUGUGGUUGCUGUGUGGGUUGUGCGGAUGUAAAUUAUCUUCAUGACUGUCCCCAAUGUACAUAAUGUGGCUGCUGCGUGAGUUGUGCGGAUGUAAAUAUCUCUUUUGCUUUGGUUGCGUGUGCGCGCGCCUCUGGUCCGCUGUUCAAGAGUGUGUUUUGAGCUGCUGCUGCUGGUGUCAUUUGCCGCAGCCCAUGAACCUGAUCAUUCUGGCUUUCUAGUGUUAUCACGCUAAAAUAUCUGAUAUAGAAGUUGUGCAAUAUUAAGUCUA